AUGGAGCCUCAGUACCUUUGGGGACCUGAGAGGACUGAGUCAUGCUGUCUGCUGGACACCCGAUUGUUCCCAGUGUUCAUGCCACGUUCAGGACGCGUUGGACUAGAGGGUGUUUGUUGGCUCCUGGGUGGUCCUGGUGGGCUGGACAGCUGGAGGGAAGCCUGGAGACUCUCGCUCAGGGAUAUUCUCAUCCUGACGGACCAGCAGACGGAGCUGCACUGGAGAGAAGAGCUGUUCUUCAAUGUGGGCCGAAGAAGAGCCGUGGACGCUCUACAAGGCCACACAGAUCUCAGUCUACUGCCGUCCUUCAGAGCAGCAGUGCUGGCCGGCCAGCAGGAGGAGCUACUGCAGGUGCUGGACUCAGUGGCUGCAGGCAGCAGUGGGGAUCUGGGAGUAGCUGCACGCUGUCUCGCCUGUAUCGCUGAUGUCCUUGGCUGUCUGGCUGGUGAGGGUAAAGGUGGUUUGCGCAGUGGACCAGCGGCGAAUCCAUCAUGGGCCCCUGCUUUUAAGCUUCUAGAGGAUGGAAACUUACCUGCAGGUGUCCAAGAACUGGCCAAUCAAAGAAAGCACUGGCUCUGCAGACCAGAUUUGUUGGUGAGAGCCGCCAGGCAUUAUGAGGGGGCGGGACAGAUACUGCUGCGGAAGGCAGUUAUGUCAGCACGUGAGUUUGUGUUCAUUGGUCAAGGAGAGAUGCUGCCCAUGGGUGAGUGGCAGGAAGUGGAGUGUCCUGCUCGACUAGAUCUGUCAGGUGGCUGGAGUGACACUCCUCCUAUUGCGUUUGAACAUGGUGGACUGGUAAUCAAUGUGGCCAUCAAGGUGGAUGGAAAACGGCCGAUUGGAGCUCGAGUUCGACGUGUUCCAGAGCCUCAUCUGCUGUUGGUCAGUACCAGCGGUGAAGCAGCCUGCAGCAUCUCCACAGAAACACUCUGUGAGGAUCUUACUGACCUGGAAGACUAUUGCCAGCCUCACGCUCCAGGUGCCUUGCUAAAAGCCGUGUGUGUGUGCAGUGAGCUGGUGUGUGUAUCGUCUCCUGUCUCUCUGAAAGAGCAGUUGUUAAAGCACUGGGGUGGCGGACUGGAGAUCCACAGCUGGUCUUCUUUGCCACAUGGUUCUGGUCUUG